AUGGAACAAUUCACUCCCAAUAGCUGGGUCCUGAAAUCUCCCUUUAGCAUCACCAACCUCCUCCAAGAUGUAGCCGCAAGCAAAGAUCUCGAGGGAUCUCUGUCAUCGCUGCUGGGGGAAGAGGAGGUAGUGGCAGUUCCUAGCAAAGGAUGCCAAACGUUGAGAAGAGAUAUUUCUGCUGAGAGGAGAGGGAAACCUGAGAAGCCACCUUUCAGCUAUAAUGCUCUGAUCGUGAUGGCUAUCCGUCAGAGCCCAGAGAAGCGCCUCACACUCAGUGGCAUCUACGAAUUCAUCAUGGGGAACUUCCCGUACUACCAGGAGAACAAGCAAGGUUGGCAGAACUCCGUCCGCCACAAUCUCAGCCUGAAUAAAUGUUUUGUCAAGGUACCCCGGCACUACGAUGACCCAGGUAAAGGAAACUACUGGAUACUGGACUCUUCCAGUGAAGACAUCUCCAUUGGAGGGACCGCAGGCAAGUUGAAGAGGAAGACCGUUGCUUCCCGGACCAAGAUGGCAAUCUGGAAGGGUGCUAGGCUACCUUCAACUGGGAUGACCCUUGAUGGAUCAUUCCAUUUGCCUCUGCCUCCUCUCUAUGGUGUUACUUCAGCUUAUCUGGGCCAUCCUUCCAGCUCUUUCUCCCAGCAGGCUCUUACUCCUCCAAGGAGGCACAGGCAGAUUGAAAGAGGCAGUCAUCAACACCUUGUAGCAACGAUGUUGGCUUCAACCUUACCCUACAGUCUCAUCAGAUCUGAUCAUUUGGAUUCCUGUUCAGUCAAUUUUCUGGAAGGCCAGGCAAGUUCCACCUUCUCUUGGAGACACCAUCAUACCUUACCAAUGAACUCUCAAUUUGGCCUCCCAUCGAAAUCCAUCGGCAACCUCCUUGGCGGAGUUCUUCCAACUUUCCCUGGACAGCUUUCUCCAGAAUUCCCAACCUUCUUUGCUUUUCAAAAUCACCAAGCUUCAUUUAAACCAAGUCUACUUUGA